AUGGCGAGGGCUCUUCGUCCCGGUGAGGGCUUGGUGGAGAUCGAGGAUCGCGACGGCAGGGUGUGGCAGGUGCCGAUCAAUGUCGCGUACUGGCGCUCACUCAGCGGCGAUCAGCAGACGAUCCUGAUGGUCAAGCUCCGCAACCAGAUCGAGGCUGAGGGCACAGAGGACCGCUUGGCAGAGGGUGGCGGCGUGCUUCAGUGCAACGUCGCCCUCGGAUGCGAGUGCCUGCCGCGUCCGCCCGAUGGACUCGAUGGACCCGUGGCCGAAGAGGGCGAGAAGGAGGCGGAGGGCGAGAAAAAGGACGACAAACCCAUGGCCGAGGGCGACAAGAAGGACGACGAAGCCAAGGCGUCGGGCGAGCCGGCAAGCGGUCUGCACUCCAUGGACUAG